AUGGCACCCGCAAUCAACGAUCCUAUCUCACCUACCGCAAGCGAUUGGUGUGCAGUAGGCGCCUCGGAUUCUGCCAUCACUUGUAAAUGGUGCGAAAACAUCAAGUACUGCUUGGUGGAAUGUCAGACGUAUGACGCGCCGCAACACCAUACCCUCUGCAGCACCUUCAAGGACUUUCAACAACGGCCGAGCGAAAGGCACUAUCGAGCCAUCUUGUUCUCUGCUGACGAACCCAAGCCACGAUUCAUCUGGCAACUUAUCGACGGAGAUCGAGGAUAUCACACGCCCAAGGAGGAAGACAUAUCUCAUUACCUUCAGCGUGGCACUGAAGGCUACUACGUCAGCUGGAGUGGCAAUGUCAGCUGGAGUAGCAGUGUAGUGCCUCUUCAUGAGCUUAAGCACUCUAUGUGCAUCGAUGUUGAGCAGAGCAGCGUCCCCGAUGAGCGACUACCUAACAUGUGUUUUGCCGCAUUGAUAAAUCCCCACGUCAGGAAUCUUCGCCGUGGUACCCAUCUUGGCCGCGGUUGGAAGUAUAAAAAUUUGGACGAGAAGGACGCUUGGGACGAGGCCGAUCGCGAGUUGCGCGACGGCUUCCCUCUGAUCGCAUUAGAUCUGGAUACGACUUCCCUGGGACCGUUGUUGGCACGCAUUCUUGUCGGGACGCUUCAAGAUACAAAUGGUGUGACAUAG